GCUGGUUGGACGUCGCGGACCCCCCGCCCGUCGCGGACUCCCUCCUCCCCCCUUCAGGUCAUAUGACCGCUGACUCCACUUCCUCAAACUUUGAAGCUCGUGCCGUCCAUCCGAUCAGCCAGCGCACGCGGCCCGUCCUUCUGCCCACGCGCCCCGAGGCACGAACCGGAACCGGGUAGGGUUAAAAGGGCGGCGGCGUCGGCAGGCCCGGGAACCGGGAGGCUCUACAUGGACGGACCGAGGAGAGGCGCUCCAGCGCGGGCAGGACUGCCCUCCGCCCUCGCGCUGCUGGCGCUGCUGCAGCUCACCUGCUGCGUCAGGUGUGCCGGGAGCGCUCGAGCCAGCAACGUGGUCCUCGUGCUCGUGGACGAUCAGGAUGUCCAGCUGGGGGGGAUGACGCCGAUGAAGAAAACCAAAGCUCUGAUUGGAGAAACAGGAGCCACGUUUGUGAACGCUUUCACGGUGACGCCGCUGUGCUGCCCGAGCCGGAGCAGCAUUCUGAGCGGCCGCUACCCGCACAACCACGAGGUCCGGAACAACUCCGUGUCCGGGAACUGCUCCGGCCCGCUGUGGCAGAAGGGCCCCGAGUCGGACGCCUUCCCAGUCUACCUCAACAAACAGGGGUACCAGACCUUCUUCGCCGGAAAGUAUCUGAACCAGUACGGGGGAAAGGAGGCCGGCGGCGUCGGCCACAUUCCACCCGGCUGGGACCAGUGGAACGCGCUGGUGGGGAACUCUCAGUACUACAACUACACGCUGUCCGUCAACGGGAAGGAGGAGAAGCACGGCGACGACUACCAGAAGGACUACCUGACAGACCUCGUUCUGAACCGCUCCCUUCACUUCCUGGACGACCGCAGUCCUCAGCACCCGUUCUUCAUCAUGCUGUCUCCUCCCGCCCCUCACUCUCCCUGGACGGCGGCGCCUCAGUACGAGAAAGAGUUCAGCAACGUCAAGGCGCCUCGAGACGGCAGCUUCGACAAACCGGGGAAGGACAAACACUGGCUGCUGCGCCAGCCGCUCAACCCCAUGAGCAACAGCUCGCUCAUGUUCCUGGACGACGCCUACAGGAGAAGGUGGCAGACGCUGCUGUCUGUGGACGACAUGGUGGAGAAGCUGGUGAAGAAGCUGGAGAGCAUCAAGGAGCUGAACGACACCUACAUCUUCUACACCUCAGACAACGGCUACCACACAGGUCAGUUCUCGCUGCCCAUCGAUAAAAGGCAGCUGUAUGAUUUCGACAUCAGGAUCCCGCUGCUGGUCCGCGGUCCGGGCAUCAAACCGAACCAGACCCUGCAGGCUCCGGUUCUACACAUCGACCUGGGCCCCACCAUCCUGGACAUAGCGGGGGUCAACCUGUCCAGGGUGAACAUGGACGGACAGUCCUUCCUGUCUCAGAUGGCGCCGUCUCUGCGCAACGGAACGACGCGCCCGUACUUCCUGGUGGAAUACACCGGAGAAGGCCUGCCGACGCCGGACCCGUACUGUCCCAAGCUGGGCCCGGGAGUUUCUGAAUGUUUCCCAGACUGCGUUUGUGAAGACGCCAACAACAACACGUACGCCUGCGUCCGAACGCUGGACGGCAAACAGGACAUGCAGUACUGCGAGUUUGCAGACAGUGAGUCCUUCGUAGAGUUCUACAACCUGUCGUCGGACCCGCACCAGCUGGAGAACAUCGUGAAGAAGGUGGACCCGACGAUCCUGCAGACCAUGAACCAGCGGCUCAUCCAGCUUCAGUCCUGCGUGGGCGAGAGCUGUCGGAAGGUCAAGUGACCCGACGGGGAGCCCGCCACCUCACAGAAGGGAAAGACUCUGACAGCUCCAGAGAGCGGUUAGCUUAGCAUCCGUGCUGGGAGCGGCGUCCAGCUCGCCUCUUUAGCUCCAAAGUUUAGAACCUGAUCAGUGAAUGUUUGUCUUCAGGUAAAACGAAUUCAGUAUUUCUGUUGUCGUGUGUCAAACGUCUCUUAAAACUGAAUCAUUUAUGUUUUCUUGGUAUGAUUUGGUUUUUUAAUCGGUACUGUAUUAUUUUACACUCAAAAGAGCAAAUAUUUGAUUUGAUUUGAUUUAAUCAAAAUCCUAAACUGCUGCAUAAAUCUGAUCAUUUUAGUGAUUUAUUUUCUAUUCUCCUGGAUUUGUUGCUUAUAACAGAAAAAACUUUCGAUCCGAUCUGGUUUCACUGAGAACUUCAGCUUCAGCUCAGUGUUUUUAUUAUUAUAAACUAUAUCAGAAACAUAGAAACGAACUCUGAAGACGUUUCAGAACUUUCAAAAAGUUCUGUGUGAGGAAAGCUGUUAUUUAAAAAGCUGUUUUGGGUUUUUUUGUGCUGCACUUUCAUGAGAUUCAGUCCCGUCUGCUCCUGGUUUGUACUUUGAUCGAGAAGAAGAAAGUUGUGUUUGUUUGUGAAGCUUCUGUAGACUCGUGGUGGCAGAACAUCCAGACUGAUGUUCUCCUGAAUGUGAGGAACUCGUGGCUUUAAUCCGCCGUGCCUUGGGUUUGCACUGACACGAGUGCACGUGCCUUAAAUGUGAAUAAAUUUGCACUUUUAUGAAAACAAAAUGCAAAAAUAAACGUGCUUGAAAACAUGAA